AUGUACGAAAAUCCCGAGGAGCACGACAACGCGACGACUGUGCUUUGCCUGGACUGGGAGUACGAAGAGCGCUGGCCGAGGGAGAGCGCCGUGUCCACGUGGAACAUGGUCUGCUCGAGGUACUCGCUCAUCGCCGUCAUGAUCGUGGUCCAGAACUUCGGAGCCGCUUUGUGUGUGUCUGCAGCCGGAUACUUCGCAGACCGCAUCGGUCGGAAACCUGUAGUGGUGCCGUCACUGGUGGUCAUGCUCCUGUCGACUGUCAUUUUGUGCGUUUCCACUGCUUACCCCGUGUUCGUAGCGACGUUAUUCUGCGCAGCGGGCUCCAAUUCCAUCGCUAUGAUCAUCUCCUCCUUGAUCCUAUUCGAGAUAUCCAUUCACGCACACAAGCCUCUGUUGAACAUCUUUGCCGGAAUGUUCGGCGUCCUCUCUUCCGAUCUGUCGAUGGCAGUUCUGGAGCGAGCCGAGCUAGACUGGCAGCUCCGAUUAGCGCUCUUCCUCCUGCCAGCGCUGUUGGUGCUGCCAGCGUUCUGCUUUAUCGAUGAGUCACCGCGCUGGCUUGUGGCGAAGUCCAAGCUCCCCGAAGCGAAAAACAUCAUACUGGCAGCCGCCGAGGUCAACCACUUUCCUCUCUCGAACACGGUGUGCCUGCUGGAGAGACUGAAGGCGGACAUCGACGGCCCCUUUGGAGAGUUCACGUCGGCCGAGGCAGCCAUGCUGGGCAAACCGGCCAUCCGAAAGCACGCGGUGAUUAUAUUUGCCUGCACUUUUACAACGCUCUUCGGUUACUACACUACACUUAUUUCACCGAUCUGGGAAGAUGAUCCGGCGCUUCGCUGGUUCGCAUUCGGGGCGGCUGUCUUGGCGUACGCCGCUACAAAUGUUCUGAUCAGGAAGGUAACCAUGCUAUCAACAAUCAGCGGACUGUUCGGGCUGCUAUUUGGACUCCAUUGCCUACUAAGCAUCGCAAUCGUAGGUGCGCCGGUGAUCGUCAGCAAGGUUCUGUUGGUGGUGACAAAGGUUUUAUACGUAGUCACCGCCAUCAUUGUUCCUUGCUACUCCCUGGAACUCCUCCCGACCGCCGUGCGCGGCUUGAACGCGUGCGGAGGCUACGGCAGCGGCGUAUUCGGUGCCGCCAGCGCGGCCAUGGGGCUUCUGCUCAACCUCCAGGGACGUUAUGAUGUCACGUUCGCUCUACCGGCGUUGUUGCUCUUCGGCUCGUUGCUGGCCCUGUGCAGCAUUCCGCGUACCACGACGGUCGAGUGCGCCAAGUCGUCCGUAAGCCCUAACACCGAAAUGACCAAACAAGAAGUGGAGUGCAUGAAGAAAACAUUGGAGAUGACGACUGCCCACACUACACGGAAGAGCCGAUCAAGAGUUGGAAUGAGAUGA